UCACUUUCCAUCGAAAAGUGUCAGAGAAAGAAGUAGUAUGGCAUCGCUCGGGCGAAAAGAAAAUGCUUAUCUGGGAUUAGAUGCUUUACGAAUGAAAACACCUUUUUUGAUUGGAGUGGCUGGAGGUACUGCAUCGGGCAAGUCAACGGUUUGCAGAAAAAUUGUGGAGAAAUUGGACCAAGAUUCAAUAAUAGACUCACAAAGGCAGGUCAUCAGUGUCAGUCAGGAGAGUUUCUACAAAGAACUUGCAGAAGAAGAAAAGUCCUUAGCUUAUAAAGGGAUGUACAAUUUUGACCAUCCAGAUGCUUUUGACAAUGAGCUUAUUAUUAGCGUGCUGAAGGAUAUUCUCCAAGAGAAGGUGGUCAGCAUACCAUUGUAUGAUUUUGUUUCUCAUUCCAGGAAAAAGGAUGAGUGGCUGACCAUCCAUCCAGCUGAUGUGGUGCUCUUUGAAGGAAUUUUAAUUUUUUACUUCCAAGAAAUGAGGGAUUUAUUCCACAUGAAACUAUUUGUAGACUCUGAUUCUGAUACUAGGUUAUCAAGAAGAGUUUUGCGUGAUACCACAGAAAGGGGCAGAGAACUGGAACAAGUUCUACAGCAGUAUACGAUGUUUGUAAAACCCGCCUUUGAGGAGUUUUGUUUACCUACAAAGAAAUAUGCUGAUAUUGUCAUUCCUCGAGGUGCAGACAAUGAAGUUGCUAUUGAUUUGAUAGUGAAACACAUAGAGGAGCUUUUAAAGCAUUCUCCUAACGGAUUCCAUCGUUGUCGCCACUGUCGUCCAGAUUCUUUCACCACGACUGAUUCUUCUAGAAAUGGACAUUCCUCAGAUGCUUAGUAGCUUCAGUUUUCAGUUGUUUUAUGUUCAGCCUUUUGUAAAAAGAAAUGUGUGCCUUACAAGUUGAUGUGUCUACUAGAGUAUAUUGUGUUGAGCUGCAUAGUUAUUUUUUCAUAGCUUUAAUAGAUUACUUGUUGCUUUAACUGUGCACAACUUGUAUACAUAGAUCUAUAUAUGGAUUAUUCAUUUAAAAUUCAGUAGAUUAAUCAACAUUUUAAGUAGUUGCAUUAAACAUAGAUAUAAUUUUGGUGUUGAAACAUUAAGUCUCAUACACUUACACAAUAAUUAUGUAAUCUGAAUGUAUCUUAAGUGAAAAGAUGUUUUUUCAAUUACUUUGAUUUUGUGGAAAAAUUAUCUAAGUAGUUUAAUAUUGAGUGGAUUGAAAUCCACAAUAACUUUUAAUUUUAAUAUGUUUUUUAUUAUUUUUCUUUCAUAAGUUCAUGGCAUUUAAAAUUGUAACUGUAAUCAUUACUUUAAAUGUUUUAUAAAAUAUUAGACAUCAUUCUUGUUAAACAAACACUAAGUCGUUGUCACCUUUUAUCAAUAGUUAUAGAGUCUCAAAUUACAAAAAUUAUGCAGGCUUGCAGAUACUCCUGGUGAAACUUAACUUGUAGCAUCUUUCUUUUACUUCAAGAAAUUUGAAGUGUUGUGUUCCUGUAAGUGUGCAAUUCAGUUUUACGAUGAAUUAAUGUCAUCGUGCUUUUAUUUUAAUUGAUUAAGGAUUUUCAGAUGCUUUAGUGAAAAAUUAAUUUUAAUUUGUUGUUUCACUUGCUGACUAUUCAAACAAUAAUUAAAAAUUAUAUGCAUACAUUUUCCAGUGAAUUGUCAUAUCUUUUGUGUUGUAUGUUAGGAUUUUCAGUUGCAUCAGUGAAAAGAUAUAGGCACAAAUUACUUUCUAAGGUAAUUAAUUUUUAAAGUUCUAAAAAGUGUGUCUUAAAAAGCUAAAAAACUUUUGUAAACCUUACUUUUCUUAUUUUCAACACUUAACCUUAACAUGCUAAGUUUCACUUGAGGUCUCAAUAAUAAAAGAUCUAUAAAUAUGUACUUCUUACUUGCACUAUAAUUUUAUGUUGGGACCAAUUAGCUCUAGUCAUACCUUCACAAACACAGUUCUAACAUUUAUGUUAGAAGUUUCUGUGAAAAGGUCAUUAGGUUGUAAAGAACAUAGGCUUAUUCCAGGGAUGUCAUCUCACUUUUUUUUUAUAGCUUCUUUUCUUGAAACAAUUUUCACGUUGCUUUUCUUAUAUUUUUUGACAAGUACCCUAUGUUAUAUCUAUAUACAAGUUUUGUGUUUUAUUGUAAAAUCACGUUUUGUUUUCAUUAAAUAGAAAAUUGACAUACUUAACCGUAGUGUAAAUAGUAGUAAAAACAUGAUCCAGACAACUCUGUCAAAGAGCUGUUGAACAAAGUAGGUUGUGUAGAAGCAGAUUUUGAAAUAUAAGAACUUAAAAGUUCUUAUUGAGGUAUCAUUUGAGAUUAUUGACUUUAACAAUAAAGAAAAUAUAUUUGUAAAAUUUCUCUCUUACUUUUAUUUCUCAAAGUUAAUCAGGGACUCUGUCAUGUAUGCAUGUGCACAAUGGAAUUAGAAAUUUACCGUGAAGAACGAUGGUGGUAGUAGUUGUAUGAAUGGUGUAUUCCUGAAAAUGGCACAAACUGAAAUGUUUAACAAAUUGAAAGGAUAUUUUUUACUUGGAAUUUUUUGGUUUUGGAAGAAUAAAGUCGUUAUUUUUCAUUGAAUAUACGUUUUUAUAGAUAUUUUAAAAUACUUUGGAUUGAAUUAUUCUAGAACAGCAGUUCUCAAACUGUAGGUUGUGCCUCUCUAGGGUAGUUUGGAAGUACAACCUGGGAGACAGUUUUGUUUGUGUUGUCAGGUGGUAUUCCUUAGCAGUCAUUUACACGAGACUAGUGCUGUAUGGCUUUUACUGCACAAUCUCAAAUUGUAAACUAAGGGGUGGCACAUUUAUUUUUUGUGUUUUUCUUAGCUUAUGGAGGCUCACUGUGACAGUUUGAGAACCAUUGCUGUAGAAUAUAUAUUUUAAGUAUUUUUUAUAUUUGAAGUUUUCAAAACACUUGUAGCAAUGUAUUAUGUAUGAAAUUACUGAGAAUGCUCAAUUAUAAUAUAUUUAUAAGAGGAAUGCAUAAUUGGGGUUUUGGCACUAGUUUAAGUAAGAAUUCUAAUUUUUUUUCAUCUCAAAUACUUGCAGACCUGAGAAAAAGAAAUGGUUGUUUCUUAAUUGAAUGUUUAUUUCAUGUUAGUCUAAAUGGGUUUGUUUUUACUUAUUUAAAUGUUUAUUUUAUGUUACUCUAAAUUAGUAUGUUUUCCAGGAAUUUUAUCAAAAAAAACGUUGCUUUAACAUCUCAGACAUUGAAAAUCAGAUAAUCAUAAUCUUGAAACAAUGACAUCUGUAAUGUUUAACUGUGAUUGAUUGUUGGUAGGCUUAGAUUUAAUAAAAACCAAAUUCUGUACCUUAGGUAGUCUAAUUAGAAUUAUUUAUUUGUUGGUUAAAAUAUUAAGAAAACCUAUAAUAAUUUUAUAAUUUCUCAGAUUAAAUUUAUUAGCUAUUAUUUUUAUGGAUAGAAGCAAAUCUGUUUGUGGUUUACCAACUGAUAAUAAAGUUAUAAAAAAAAACGACUUACACUCCAGGUAAUUAUAAUAUUUUAAUGGUUUGGAUAAUUAUAUUUAUUACGUGUAAAUUGCCAUACCAUUAUUCUCAUGCUAAAACUGUAAUUGCUACAAAUAGACAAGCUAGUACUCAGUUCUUUUAGAGAAGCUGCAAGUUCAAGUUAUAAAUUUCAGUUAUAGUGUAAUUAUUGUUAUAUGUCGUAUGUGUCACAAAAUUAUUGAAUUACUUAGUAAUUACAAGUGUAGUUACUUAAUGGUAAGUAAUUAGAUUUAGGUGAUUGUAUAGUCUAACCAUGAAACAAUUUCAAUUCUACUUUCUUAUAGAGGUUCCAAGAUAGGUAAUAAAAAUAACAUGAAACUUAAUAUUUAAAUCGUUGAUACUUGGUAAACUUAGCAAUGAAAUCUCCCUUCGCAUGCAUGUCUUACUUUUAAUACCCAAUUACUUUCUUUAAAUUUACCAAAGCUUGUGAUAAGGCAAAGGAUAUUAUGAAGAGAAUCCUUUGAUACUUAAAAAAUAUAUAUAUUUUGAAGCUAAUGAAUAUGAUGCACUAGUAAUAGUUACAGAUACAUAUUGAUUGUUGAAAGAUUGCAUAAGUUAUGCCUUUUUAAUAUACAGAUGUUUAUAGUUAAAAAUACAUACUAAAAAAAUAUUUUUUUUCUAGUUUGUAUAUCUAUCUGUACUGAUGGAAUUAAACUGUAUUUCAGUCUCUUCGCAUAUACCUAGAUUGAUUCUCGUUUCUUUUUUUUUUCAAACCAUGUAAGAAGCUAUAGUUAAAGGCCUAAACAUUGCAAAUUCAUAUACUGUUUAACAUUUUAGCACAUUUUUUGUUCACACAACUUGUAUAAUUUUCUUUAUGAUAAAUGUUGUAACAAAAUUUUCAGUAAUUAAGAAUCAUGGUCAUCAAAUAAGUUUUAAUUGUACCAAAAUGUUGAUAGUCUGUAAUGUUUUAAUUUAUGUUUUAUUUUCUUUACACACUAUUUCUAAUGAUAUUCUAUUUCAGCUGUGAUAUUUACAUAAUUUAUGUCAAACUUUCAUGCAGUUCAAGUUUAAUGUGUUUUCGAAACAAACGUAAAGUAUUUUACAAAAGAAAAAACUGUUUAUUUAGGAUGGUUUCAUCAUAAAUCUGAGUGUUUAUUUAAAUUGAGAUUUUGUAUAAGCAACUUGCUUGCUUGCUGAACUUGAACCUUAAUAGAGGUACUGAAAAAAUGGAUAUUAGAAGGAUUAUAUUAUUAUCUGAUAAGCAUACUAUUAAUAGAAGGAUUCCAUUAUUAUUAUUUGAUGGGUAUACUAUUAUUAUUAUCUGAUGAGCAUACUAUUAGUAGAAGGAUUCCAUUCUCUCCACAGUUAUAGGAAACUAAGAAUUUAGUAUACAACUGAGUUUUUAAUCUUUUUUUUUUCUAGUGGUUCUAAGAUAAGUAGAUUUUAUUAAACGUGUAUGGGAACAUUAAGUUUAUAAUUGUUUUCAAAGCACUGUGCAUGGAUAAGUGCUAGAUAAAUCAUGAACAAUUUAUAUAUGACCUUGUAUAUCUGGUUAUGAUAUGUACUAUUGUAGUUUUCUUAAGAAAAAAUAGAAGGAUGCAGUUUGGUUCCAUAAAGAGGAUGAAUAUUCCACUUGUAGCUAUAAAAUAGUGGUUUGUAAAUUUAGAUUCUUUGUUUUGUUUUUAUUUUUACUUGUGUUUUCUUUCAUUAAUAUGGAAUUGAUAUUUUUAACUAGAAAAUCUCUGCCUUCUUAAUAAAGUUGUUGUAUUUAGUUUUUGUUUAUAUACAGAAUCCUUUUUCUCACAAACUUGUGGGUUUUAAUGCAGUUAUACUUUCAAUGCUAUUAUGAUAUUUGUAAGUUCAUUUAUGCAGGUUUAUAGCUUUAGAAAUUCAUAUUUUGUGUGUAAUAGUAUAUGCUUCUUGACGUUUUUUAAGUAAGUAGUAGAACAGAAGUUGACAUGCAUGUUCAUAUUGUAUCUAUGGAGUGCAAAAUUCUGUGCUAGUUGAUGCUUCUCUAAAAGAAAAAUGCAUUACAGAAAGACCUAAAUCUUACUAUUUGGAUAAACUGUUGAUAAUACUCAAGUCGAAUUUGCUUUAACCCUUUAUUUACUGAAAAAGAACAAGAAUAAAAACAAUUUAUAUAAAAAAAACAUUACAUGUUUGUGAUCAACAAAUGUGUAAAUAAACAACUUAGUUUUAAAAGCAAUCUCCAAUGUUUAAAUGGGACUAGGUGUUUGUUAUUGCUGUAAGUGUGCUUUCAUACUUGCAGCAUUUUUACAUGUACUAUUUUUUUAUGUUCACAUUAAAAUCUCCAAUACCAUUAAUACACCAUGACUAUAUUCCAUAGAAAAAACAAUUUCUGACACUGCUGCAACACAAAAGCUGUUCAUAAAUUGAAAUAACUAGCCAUUGUGCUCCACAAUUGCAUAAUCUAACAUCAGCUUAAGCUGACAUUCCGAUUUUUUUUUAGUUGGUUGGCAGCACAUUUUAAGUAAUAAGUCUGAGAUGUCCCAUCAGAAAAAAAAAAUUGUUGUUUAUAUCACAACUAUGUAUAUAAUAAGUAUAUCAAAUGAGACACUUUAAUGUUCCACCAGUAAAGAAAGGGUUUUUAUCGGAACAUAUUUUUGUUUGUUUAUACUUGUCUUGGUCUUCUGAUCGAUGCAAAGUAAAACACUGUUUUAUACCCAGGCAACUAAAGCUCAGUAAGAACCAUGCCAGAAGUCUUAAAUGAACAAAUUCAGGGAUGUUCAAACAUCUUCUCAAUUGUGUAUGCGUCAUAUACAGGGAAAACACUAACAUGUGCACAUUUGUUUUUAGAAUUAUCAUCAGUACAGUGUUUUUCACCAUUAUGUAUUGUAUGGUUUUAUGAGUGUCACAAAUAGCAUUUAUGUUUACAAAGGUUUGUUUUAGUUUUUUAGGUGAGUAUACUAUACAGAGUACUUCUGUUUGUAUCACAUAAGAAAAAGAAAAAAAGCUUAUGAAUGCAGAUCUGCAUAACACCAAAGGCAUAUUGUCAUCUAAAAUUGAAAGUGGGAUUUUUAAUAAUAUAAUUGCAGCUGAUCUAUGAAUGGCUAAAUUUUGGAAAUAUGGAAUCACUAUAAAUGGCUUUUAUUUUACUUUUUAUACAAAGUUAGGUUCAUUGAGGCUGAGUUGAGAUUGGCAAUGGAGGAUAUAUAUAAGGUUUAGCAUCAAGAUUUUGUAUUAUGUAGGAAUAACCAUUGUAUAUUUUCAUUUUUUUACCAGCUGAUCUAUACAGUGUCACUUACAAAGCUAUGACACCAAUUCAUUUAAAUAAAUAUUUUGCAUACAGCAUUCUUUUUCAAUAUAUAUAUAUAUAUAUAUGUAUGUAUGAUCCAGAAGAAUGAGGGAAAAGUGAGUUUUCAUUAAAUUUUCUAAGCAAGUUAUUGUGAUAACUUUAGUAGUGAAUAUUACUUUAAAAAUAAUAAUUGUCUCAUACACUGAACCAGUUUUUAAACACCACCCAAAGGAAUUUACAGUGUACAUGCAGUCAGAUAUUGUGAUAAAGAAUUUAUUCAUUAUUUAAGAUAGUUAAAUAUUGAAAACUGAAGGACAUUACAUGUAAGUAGGUAUUGUAUGUGCAUCAGGAAGAUUCUUAAGAAAGCUAGUACUAGUUUGAUAGAAUCUAAUAAUUAAUUUCUGGUAACUAAAAUAUUGGUGUCAGUUCUUCCACACAUGUUUAUAUCAGGGGUCAAGAGCUUGGAGUUUUUGCUUACACAACAUUUAUCAGAGGUAAAGUUGAAAGAGAAGCCGUUGAGUUAUUAGAAAUAAAAGCUAAGACGAGGAUAUUUUUAGUAAGAUUUUAUAAAAAGUUUUUGUUGUGUUUACUAGAGAGUUAAUUCAAAAUGUGCCAUUUUCAUUGUAGAAAUUGCAUGUAGCUAAACCUUUCUUUUAAGCAGUAAAAAAACUUUAAGAUGAAGGAGUUGAUGCGUAUUGAAUGUUAGGUGUUUAAAAGUAAAGUUGCCUAGACUUAUUGUUGAAAAUAUAGUAACUGUUCUCCUGUAAAAUAUUUUCCCAAACUUGUAGGAAAGAGAAAAAACACAUUAUUCUUGAUGAGUUAUGUAUAGUGGAUAACCAUUAUAUGAUUAUAAAGAAUCAAAGAAAAGGUAAAACUGUUCAUAAUUUUAUUUAAUUAAAUAAAAGAUAAUAUUGAUGGGAAUCUCAUGUCUGUAUUAGCUUUAAAUGAUAUUUACUUUAGUUUUAGAAAAUUAUGUAAGAGUUUUACAAAGUUACUGUUUCCAAAACAAUUAAGAAUCUAUAGCUUUUUGAACUAAAAACUUAAGUGUAAGCAUAGUGCAUUAACUGUAUCCACAACUUGUCAUAAUCAGUUGAGUUACUCAGUCCAUUAACACGGUAUAUUCUAUAUAUUUAAAUGGUUAUUUUGGUGUUUGAAAUUUUUGUGUGUUAUUGCUGAAAUUCAUUCGGCCAUAGCCAGAAUCUCACAAUUUAACUUGUUUUAUUUUGGUGGAAAGUAUGAUUCGUAUUAAUAUAUUUUUGUCUAUUAUAUUAGAUAGUAAUAAAAAAUUUUAAUUAUUUGGAAUUCUAAAAUAGAGAAUUAUUAGCUUAUAUUCAAGAAUGAGGAAGAAUGACUAGUUAAACUUUUCAUUGAUAUUUGUAAUAAGAUGUGUAACUGUGUGGAGAAAUUGUCAUGGAGAUGUAUUUAUUCAGGGGUCAGUAGUUUUAGAUGCCUGAUAUUUUUGUUUUAUGAAUAAACAAGUACUUUGCAUUAUAAAAUAAGAUGAAAGAGAAGUUUUCUAUUAUAUUUUACUCAAUAGAAGUUGGUAUUGCAUGUUAGGUGACUUAUUGCAUUAUAAAUGGUGUCCACACUUGAACAAAACAACUUUCAUGAAUUUAACUGAUUAAGCAUUUUAAAACUAGAAAUAAACCUCACUGAUAAUUAUCAGGAAUUUGGUUUUCCUGAGAAAAAUCUGUUGAAAAACUGAUUAAGAUACUUUUACAUGCUUAUAACCUCUGGUCAAUAUAUCGGUUUUGUGAUUUUGAAGAAAGUUGCAACAAUUGUCUGAAACCUAGUCUUGCAUUUGGUUUUUACUGAAGAUUUGCAUAAUUAUUACGUAGUGUUUCAUGAACAUUCUGCUGAUGCCACAGAAUGUUGAACGAUAACACCAAGGGAAGAAUGAUCAUGGCAAGAUGAAAUUUAUUUUUCUCUAUUAUAAUUUUAAAUUUUUAGAAAGGCUUACAUUAAAAAUUAACGUUUUCUUAUUCACUCCUCUUAUAUUAUUUCUUAAUAAUAGUACAAUUUUAAUUUACUUCUGGAAAAAAUAAAAUCGUAUUUCAGGUUUCAAAUCA